GCUCUGGAUUGACAGCCACUGGCCCCGCCCACACCGGUGACGAACAGCGGUGGGCGUGGCCAGCGCCGCCAGAGGCACGGGGGCGUUUUCGUGCGGGUUUGCGGAACGGUCCUUUGCGGUGAAUGCGUGAUUGAGGUCCCGCAGCUAAUAAUCGUCCCCCUUUUUGGGGCCGGAGUGCGCGGCGCGGAGGAGCAGCCGGAUCAGGGUGAUGUGCCAUCAGCCACUGGGGGGCAUCUGUCCUCUCUGCAACCUGUUCAUCCUGUGAAGCUUAUGGGAUAGGAGUGUGUGUGCCCCUUCCCAACACUGCAGCCCCACUGGAGUCAUUUGUGCCAAAGCUGAGUUGUGCUGAAGGAACAGAGAUGGGCAGCCCAGGCUGCGAGGUGGGUCUCGCCGGGCCAGUGGAGCCAACCCUGGAGGCUCUGUGUUCUGAGUGUGGCCAGAUCCACCGCAGCUGGGAGAACCACCUUUACAACUACCGCCUGGAAGUGGACGACGACCUUGUGUGCCACAUCUGCCUGCAGCCGUUGGUGCAGCCACUCGACACACCGUGCGGCCACACCUUCUGCGCCCGCUGCCUGCGUAGCUUCCUCCAGGAGAGGGACUUCUGCCCGUUGGACAGGACGCGGCUGCAGCUGCAGGCGUGCCGCAGAUCCAGCAUACUGGUUCACAAGCUGCUGGACAAGCUGUCAGUGUCCUGCCCUUUGACCCCAGUCUGCUCCCUGAGCAUGCCACGAUGUGACUUGGAGGCACACCUCAAACACAGGUGCCCCGGGACGCAGUCUCAGCAGACCAGUGUGGACGGCCCGCGAUGCGAGAGUGGGGACGAACGGGCGAUGGUGACCAGCCCUCCCAGAUCACCCCGCUCCCCGCAGACAGACCUGAGGGACGCCACCCCGUCGCCGCCCUCCGGACCUAACAACGCCUGCAGCAACGGAUCCACGUGGACAGACGAUGCCGGCCUUGACAACCCCGCCUUUGAGGAAAGCACCGAGGAAGACAGUGUGGUCGGGUUGGAGUGUGUUGUCCCCAGGGUGAAGCGGCCCCUCAGUAAUCCCUGCAUCCACCUCCUCCGGUCUGUCAGCUCCACCUCCUCAGGCUGGGACUGCCCCGAGUCCCCGCCUCUCUCCGCCGAAGAGGGCUGUGUAAAGUUGCCCUCCCUCCCUGAAGGAGAGAUUACAGCCAUAGAGGUCCACCGGGCCAACCCGUACGUUGAGCUGGGCAUCAGCAUCGUCGGUGGAAACGAGACGCCUCUCAUUAACAUUGUGAUUCAGGAAGUCUACCGAGACGGGGUCAUUGCACGAGACGGGAGGCUGCUGGCUGGGGAUCAGAUACUACAGGUGAACAAUGUGGACAUCAGUAAUGUGCCCCACAGUUUUGCCCGCUCUACCCUUGCACGCCCCUGUACCACUCUGCAGCUGACUGUGCUCAGGGAGCGUCGCUGUGCCUCCCGGGCGCCUCCCUCUUCCUCCUCCUCCACCCCGGCCGUGCCACAUGCGCCCUGCUCCACCCCUGAGGGCACCCCGUCCAGCCCCGCCACACUGAGAAUCACCCUGCAUAAGCGGGACUCAACAGAGCAGCUUGGCAUCAAGCUGGUGCGGCGAACGGAUGAGUCAGGAGUGUUUGUGUUGGACCUGUUGGAGGGAGGCCUGGCAGCGAAGGACGGCAGGCUGCGCAGUAAUGACCGCGUUUUGGCUGUCAACGAACAGGACCUUCGCCACGGCACCCCGGAGCAGGCUGCACAGAUUAUACAGGCCAGCGGAGAGCGAGUCCACCUGAUGAUUGGCCGACCCAGUAAACCAACUCCGCCGCCACCGCCAAAAUCAAGCUCCACCAGAGACCUUUACUGCCUUGAUCACUUCCUGCCUAACCACAGCUCUACCCCAAGUCCUGUGCCCAUACACCUCUCCCGCACCAGCACCCACAGAGAUCUGUCCCAGUGUGUGACCUGUAAGGAGAAACAUAUCACGGUGAAGAAGGAACCCCUGGAGUCACUUGGCAUGACUGUCGCAGGAGGGCGGGGCAGCAAGAGCGGGGAGCUGCCGAUCUUUGUGACCAGCGUCCAACCUCACGGCUGCUUGUCGAGGGACGGGCGAAUCAAACGAGGUGAUGUCCUGCUGAGUAUCAACGGUCAGGACUUGACGUAUCUGAGCCACAGUGAAGCCGUGGGCACCCUUAAGGCCAGCGCUGCCUCACCCUCAGUGCAGCUGCGGGUGCUGGAGGUCAGCAUGGUGGAGGAGCACGACCACGACCAGCUGCUGCCUCACACUCAUGACAGCGACUUUGAUGCCAACUGGUCCCCCUCGUGGGUCAUGUGGCUGGGUCUGCCCAGCUACCUGCACAGUAGUCAUGAGAUUGUACUGCGGAGGAACCACCCUGGCAGUUGGGGCUUCAGCAUCGUUGGCGGCUAUGAAGAAACCCACGGCAACCAGGCGUUCUUCAUCAAGACCAUUGUCCUCGGCACACCUGCGUACUACGACGGACGCCUCAAGUGUGGUGACAUGAUUGUGGCGGUCAACGGCCUGUCAACAGCAGGAAUGAGCCACUCAGCGCUGGUGCCCAUGCUGAAGGAGCAGCGCAGCCGGGUGGCGCUUACUGUGGUCUCCUGGCCUGGCAGCCUGGUAUAGCUGGGCCGGAUCAUAAGCAGGCUGCGCAACCACACUGAGUCCACCCAGAAUGUCCUAUAUUGGGAACGACCUUGGCCAAAGUGAACUGGUACACGCUACUGUACAUCGCUCCAUACCGGGCUUAAUCCAGGACCAAAAGCAUUCAGAGCUGUAGUAGACCCAGCAGGACCAAGCCUGUCCUGACCAGGUGGGAACUGAUCCAGAUCGUGCCAUGUCACUCGACAGACUGCACUCACAAACACACUGCUGUGUUCAUAUGGUCAUGUUGUCUUCACUCCCGCGGGGAGAAUGAUACUGCAACUGUUAACAGGCAAUUUGUGCUGUAUUCACCUCACUAGGCAGUUGUAGAAUCCAGGGCUGUAUUCAGGUGGAUGCAUCGUUGCAGGUAGAGAUAGAAUAUUUAAAAAAAAUAAAAAAAAGUAGCCUGUGAUCCUCUGUCAUCUAGGAUAAUGACCUGUAAUCACUUUAAUCAAGAUUUUCUGCAACACCAGCGCUGUAUCCAGCUGAAUAAGCCUGAGGCCUUAUUAGAAACCUGCCGCACCCUGGGGGCUCAACUGCCCUUAGGCCUCAUCACCAUGACAACCAGCUGUCCCAUCAGCUGGAGUUUUAUACAUGUGUGUGAAUGUGUGUUCUGUUUGUUUAAUAAACAUUUCCUUCAAAGGA